AGAGCCAUCGAACAUUUCAGCAAAAAAACACCCUUAUUUCAAUUUGUUUCAAUGAAUAACACUAUUAAUUAUCAGUUUUUUACAAUUCGUGAUUUCGGGAACGCUUGAGCGAAAUCUGGCAAAGCCGAAACUCAACUAGACACACGUGUUUUGGUUUUGGUUAUAAAAUUGUUUUAAAUAAAUUAGGCACAAUUAUUUACGUGUAGCAGAGAUGCCUAAAUCAAAACGAGACAAGAAAAUUUCUUUAACCAAGACUGAUAAAAAAGGGCUCGCCCUCAAGCAGAAAAUCGUCGAAGAUGUGCGAAAUUGCGUCGAGAAGUUCUCCAGCAUUUACGUCUUCACUUACAGAAACAUGCGGAAUGAAUUAAUGAAAGAUGUUAGGGAACAGUGGAAGCCUAGUAGGUUUUUCUUUGGAAAAAAUAAAGUUAUUGGUGUGGGUUUGGGCCGAAACAAGGAGGAAGAAGUGGCGGAUGAUUUACACAAACUUUCACGUUGUUUGAAAGGCCAAUGUGCCCUUCUUUUUACUGACUCUCCAAAAGACGAAGUUAUUGAGUGGUUUGAGAGUUACAGUUGUGAGGAUUUUGCGAGAUCUGGGUGCGUCGUUGACAAAACUGUAACUUUGCCCGAGGGCGCCCUUAAGCAAUUUCCACACUCAAUGGAACCGUAUUUGAGACAGUUAGGGAUGCCGACUAAACUAGAAAGAGGAGUUGUAACAUUAAUAAAAGAGUUUGAAGUGUGCAAAGAGGGGGGCGUUUUGACGCCAGAACAGGCAAAAAUUUUAGAAUUUUUAGGACACAGAUUGGCCGUUUUUAAACUCGACUUGAGAGCGGCCUGGAUCAAGGGCUCAGGAUUCGAAAGACUGGACGGGAAGAGCGAAGAUAAUGAUGAAAACAUGAAUGAAGAUGAAGAUAAUUAAUUGUUAUUUUAUUACUAAUUAAUAAACUCAUAAUAUAAAUGCGGAAUUUUCUUUUCUUAACAAAUUGUUUUGGCGCCCAUCCAAAGUUUGACACUUGACAGGUCCGUCACUCCACUUCAAAUUUGAGGUUAUGACAUCAACGUCAGUGUUUGUUAUCAUGUGAAUUAUUUAUUUGCGCCGAAAAGCGGUUUAUUUUUGGGUAUAAUUUUCCACCUUAUUGUUAAAAACUGAUACUUG